ACAUCAAGAUCAGGGUAUUACUGUACGAAUUCCUGUGAAGGCAUGAGCGCCAAGCUAUAUUUGGCAGUAGUCCAUCGUUCACCGACCAGGAGCUUUUUUUCUAACUCGCUUAUGAAUUCAACACAUCUUCGGUUCCUCAACAGAAGCCAUAUUUCAGUCUAGCAUAGCUGGAGAUAACAUCGCGGCUCAGAUCGGAGGUUUGCGCUCAUACUCCGAUACAAUGCACGCGCUGUUGGCCCUGAUGGCCAUCAGCCUCAUCUUGCCCCCUUCGGCAUUAGCCUCCCAUCACCAGAAGCGCCCGAACAUUGUCUUCAUUCUAUCGGAUGACCAGGACCUCGAGAUGGGCUCCAUCGAUUACAUGCCUCUUCUUGGGAAGCAUCUGAGAGCGAAGGGUACAACCUACGAGAGACACUACUGCACGACUGCGCUCUGCUGUCCAGCACGGGCGAGCAUCUUAACAGGCAAGAUGGCUCACAAUCAUAACGUAACAGACGUUGUUAUGCCUUUCGGUGGCUACACCAAGGUUGUAAAAGAAGGUAUUAAUGAUGACUACCUUCCUCUUUGGCUUCAAGAAGCUGGAUGGGAUACGUACUAUGUUGGAAAGCUAUGGAAUUCUCAUAGCAUCGACAACUACAAUAGCCCCAGAGCCCGUGGUUGGAACGGGAGUGACUUCUUGCUUGACCCGUACAUGUACGAUUACUACAACCUAACUUUCGUACGGAACUAUGACGAACCAAUUCAUCAUGAAAAUGAGUAUUCCACGGACCUUGUGUCUGAAAAAGCUCUUGCCUUCUUAGAUGAUGCCUCAAAGAACGCACGUCCAUUCUUUCUCGGCGUUGCCCCGACUGCACCACACAGUACUACAGAGUACGUAACCGUUAACGGAACGACAAAAACGGUCACAAGCGCGCCAAAGCCAGCUAAACGACACGAGAAUCUGUUUGAAGACGUCGUGGUGCCCAGGACACCACACUUUAAUCCCGAAACACCUUCGGGUGUCUACUGGGUCCGUGACCUGCCCAAGUUGAACCAGACACAUAUCGAUGCAAAUGAUCUCUUUUACCGGCAACGUCUCCGGUCCUUACAGGCCAUUGAUGAGAUGAUAGAGGCCAUCGUGCUAAAAUUGGAAGAGCAUAACAUGCUCGACCACACAUACAUCAUGUUUACAUCAGAUAACGGUUUCCACGUGGGGCAGCACCGCUUAGAGCCUGGGAAGUUUUGCCCCUUUGAAGAAGAUGUUCAUGUUCCGUUGUUCAUACGCGGACCGGGCGUUCCGGAGGGCCAGCAGGCGCCCGUUGUAACGACUCAUACGGACCUGGUGCCUACUUUUCUUUCCAUAGUAGGAGCGCCAAUGCGGGAAGACCUGGACGGAGAGGCGAUUCCCCUUACGAAACAGAGCAUCGAUGCGUCUCUUGGAAACCGAUACGAGCAUGUCCAGGUUGAAUACUGGGGUUAUGCGGUAUCUGAGGGAGAUUACGCUUAUCAAGGAUACUUGAUUCCCAACAAUACGUAUAAAGCUCUUCGCAUCGUGAGUGACGAGUAUAGUUUCUACUACUCCGUCUGGUGCAAUAAUGAGCACGAGUUCUACGACAUGAAGGAUGACCCAUAUCAGUUGAAGAACCUCUAUUCAGCUCAGGCCGUAUUUAGUGAUGAAGGUUUCUUCUUUGGCCGGCCCCUAUCGCAAGUUCUCUCCCGCCUCGAUGCGCUGACACUGGUUCUCAAGACAUGCAAGUCACAGGCCUGCGUGAAGCCGUGGAAAUCGCUCCAUCCAGCAGGAGACGUGGCGAAUCUGAGAGAUGCCGUCGAUCCCAAGUUCGACGGGUUCUACGAGAAUGAUGUGCCAAAGGUGAAGUAUGAUCAUUGUGCGCAAGGUUUCUUUCUGGAAUUAGAGCAGCCGGUAUACGAUCAAUCUAUCGCGUUUCUUUCUGCCUGAUGAGGGACAAGCAUGUUGUAAGGAGAAUCUGUAACAAGACAAUAGAUACUAGACGGCUUAGAGUUACUCGAUGGCUCGGAUGGCCCUCUAGAUGCCCUGGCCCUCCCCCUAGUCCUGCCGGAAGAUCCAUUUGGACUUUCUUCGCUAUGGGGAGCCCUGCAUUGAAGCGUCG